UGCGGUUGUCAGUUGGUUCUCGCGCACCGAACAAGCUGGUUCUUUACUCAGUGUCGUCGCGGUCAGAGCGGGGUGAUGAUGGCCGACGCUCGUUCUUAGGCUACUGCAGAAAAAGUAACAGAGGACGGAAACGAAAAGCAAACUGUUAAUUUCAAAGGCAAAAAGGCAAAACUGUGUGCAUUCGAUGAACAUGCCAGAUCCGAACAAAAAUAAAACAACAACCGCCAAAGAAGCCACAAUAAAACCCGAGCGAGAAAUCAAACGAUCUACAGAACAAGCAUUCAACGCACAUUAACGCGAAACGCUUCAAAUUAACACUAAAAAAAACAAAAAUAAAAUCAAAAUGGAUACAAUGGCGACUACUAAACGGCCCGAAAUGGAACAGUUUUUGUUGGAUGUGCGCGCCCACUUUCGUGCAUCGCUGGAGACAUCAGAGUACGAGAACACCUCGAAUCUCUUCCACAUGACGGCCGCAGAGCAGACGGCGGAGUUGCUGGAGCGCUGCGAACUGCUGCUGGCGGGCUACGCCGACGGAGAUGGAGAUGCAAACACAGACGACCAGGUGCCAGCCCCAAACAUCAAGUCAAAUGGGAAUGGGAAUGGGAAUGUAAUGGGCGACCGUGUCGAUAGCAAAGUGGGCGCGGAGACCGGUCCUAGUUGCUAUCUGGAGAUGUUGUCCUCGCCAUCGUCGUCCAAGAACUCGCUAUCCGCCUCGCGGGAGUAUAUCGAUCUGAGCAGCAGUUGCUCCUUGGACAGCGACAAGACUUUUCGCUUCUCCGCCAAACAACCGGGACCAGGAGCAGCUGCUAAGGAUGAUAGGGAGCAGCAGCUGUAUGAGACCUGCCAUAGGCAGGACCAGAGCCCGGACCAGGUCGAGGACGAGGCGCAAAAGGCCAUACCCUUCAGCCAUGAGCUGAUCAUUGACUGUCCCUAUGCCGACCUUCCCGCCGGACACCUGGCCCUGCAGAGAUCCAAUAAAUACGGACAGCUUCAGCGAAUCGUGCCCAAGCGGUUGUUUUUUGACCAGACCAGAAAGUGCUACUGCGGCAUCCUCAACGAGUGGAUGCUGUGCUAUGCGGACGGUCCGACUGCCUGCCGGCCCAGCAGCUGUCUCUACCUAAAGAGCUCCGCCAUAGAGAUUGAGCACUUUGGCGAGGGGAAGCGGCGCGACAUCUGCUUCCAGAUAACCACCGACGAUCCCAACAAGAAGUACGUCUACCAGGCCAACAAUGAGGUCGAUGCCAAAGAGUGGAUCCACGCCAUUGAGGCGGCCAUACGUGGCGAUGCCACCAGCACUGUACACCAGUCCCUGAAGAACCCGCUCCCACGCAAGCUGCCCACACCGCCAGUCACGAAGAGGACAAACUACCCAACCACGCCCACAGCGACGGAUAGUAUUUACGAGGAGCCCUCGCCCAUUUACAACCUUAGCGUGGAUCUAUCGGGGACGCCACCCAGACUGCCCGAAAAGACCCACAGUCCCAGCUCUCUGGCCAGGCGCUUCGAGUAUGACGUGCCAAAGUGCCCGCCGCAGCCGCUGGAGGAGGCGACCAAAUCCGUCGGCGAGGCGGAAAUUAUGGUGCUACUAAGUGAGGGCGAAUCCAAAGCACAGCCACAGCCACAAGCGUCCAGUCUGCACGGCAGUCUGGCAAUGGACUUCCAGGCCAAAGUGAAGACCGUCCACAGUGAGCUGUCUAGUCAGCUGACAGCGGGCGGGCCCAGUCCGGAGCGCCUGAAAAAGGCCGUGAAGAAGAGCUACUCAUGCGCAAGCAACAGCAGCGAUUCGGAAAUGCUAUCGUUGUCGCUGACGAGUCCUGCCCAAAGCCCAAACAACAAGGAGCAGAAGAAGCAACGCAAGUCUCAGACAUCCGCACAGACGAGUCCGCAGAAGGCGGCGACCACGCCCGUGAAGGACUGUGAUAAACUGGCGAGGAAUUGGUUUCUCAGUCGCCUCAAUAAGUCCACAGGACAGAAGACAGCGACCACGGCCAGCGCGGCCCCCGGCAAUACCAAGUGCAAGCAGAGCGAGAAGGAGAAUCUGCUGACAGAUCCGGAUCUCGGAGAGGGCUACGGCUUCGAUGGCGGGGUCUCUGGCGAACGCGACCCGAGUCUGUCGAUCAGCAAGCCCACCUCCCCCUGCCUUAAGGCCGAGGCCAAGAGCAAAGUGAACAUGAUCAUCAAUCAGUUCGAGAGCAGCGGCCAUCUGUCCACCAUGUUCAGUGUGGAGGCGCUGGCGGCGAAUGCGCUGGCCUCGCUCACCUCCUUCUGCGACGGCGACAGCUGCAACAACUACGAGCCCAUCAUGCCACUCUCCACACCGCCCAGCAGCUUCCUCAAGAAGGUGUAGACACAGUCCAAGGCCAAGAGCACAUGUUCAUCUUUGCGUUCGCUUUAUCCCAUCCAUCCCCAUCUCCAGAUGUAUUGUAGAUUUAGUCCCUAAGCUAGUGGAGUGGAAGCUCUCUGGAUGUCACAUUAUUAGAAUGGCAUACAAUUUUAAUAUAAAAACAUAUUUGUUAACAUAUGCUGUA